AUGCACACAGUGAAGAACAUCAACAUCGAUUUGAUUCGUAAAAACAUUCAAGGCACUAUCAAGAGUAAUACCAAUUGUGUCCUCAUAACAAUAGGUUCACUCAAUCCAGUUCAUCGAGCGCAUUUGGGUAAUCUGAAACUCGUGCGAGACCAUGUUGAACGAGAACUUGGCUAUCAUGUACUUGCUGCUUAUUUAUCUCCUUCACAUGAUGAUUAUCUUGGUCAAAAAAUGAACAGACUCAAGAGUAUUCACUAUGAUUCUGAAUUUCGAUGUCGUCUCUGUGAAGCAGCCAUCGAAGAAGAAGGAACAAGAGAAUGGAUGGGUAUAUCAAGGGGUGAAAGUGAAUAUUCCACCUCCGUUUGGGCCCCUCAAGUCUGCAAGUGCCUUGCUGCCUUUCUCAAUCAUGAGUCAACUGGACUCGAACUCCAUCAUCCCAUUCGUGUCAUAUAUGUCUGUGGUCUGGAUCAUUUCAAUGUUGCUCAUCAUGGAAGCAUAUCUCGUCUUACAGAGGAACACAAUCUGGGUCUUGCUGUUGUUUAUCGUCAAGGAGAAGAUGAAUCGAACAUUCAUCGUACCAUCAAACACAAUCCUCAAGUGAUCUAUGUUGAUCUGAUGGAACAACGAGAUACUCUGAAAUUUGAAAUGAUGAAAAUAUAUUUGUAUUUAAUAUCGUUCAUUCUAUAUUAUUAUUCUGGUGAGUGUAGUAGUCAGCCGUAUUUUCCACCUCAAAUUGUUUUUUCCCCUGAUGGCGGUAAAACAAUAAUUGCAAUUGAUGAAAUAAAUCAACGAGCAUACAUUUCUACAGGACGAGAAACAGCUUUUGUGAUGAAACAUUUUCCAGAUACAAUUCCUGAUUCUCCCCAAUCAAAAUAUUAUGUUCAAUUAUUAGUAGAUCAUCCAACGAAUUGGUGUGCGUAUGGAACAUAUUGGAAGUAUGGUGGAAAUCUAUAUAAUUCAUUUCCUGAGGAUUGGGUUAAUGGUACUUCAUUUGAAAUAAAAAAUUAUAUGAAAUUUACUUAUAAAAUGAUACAUUCAAAUGAUUCUUCUCCAGAUGAGGAUUAUUGGUAUGCAGAUGUAACAUGCAGAGUUCAGACUGGACAAACUUAUCCAUGUGAAGAAAUUUAUUUUAAAAAAAAUACACAAAUUCCUCUUCGAUUAACUAGAGUUAUUCGUCAAGGAUGGAAUAUUGUCCGAGCAAUAAUGCCUUAUACGAUAAUAUCCAUGGGAAAACCAGAUGAAAAAUACUUCAAUUCAAUUCCAAAGAAUUGGUCAUUCAUAUGCCAAGAUACUAUGCUUGGACUUUUGCAUUAUCCACAAACACCAAAAAUAGAUUUAAAUGAAAGUGUAGAAGUUGAAAUAUGGCUUUCAACUCCACCACAUCGAAUAAAUGGAAAUGAUACUGUUAUUAUUCAAUGGAAACCAAGGGGAUGUAUUGAUUGUUUUACAUGGACACCAAAACAACUUUCUUUUAACAUUGAAAAUUUUCAAGAGCGACAAAUUUUAAAAAUAACUCGUGUAAAAGAUGGAUCAUACACAAAUCUUAUCCCAGUUUUUAAUGGUGGAGGCUUUGAUAGUGUUGUACCAGAAGUUUAUUCAAUUAUUAUUCAAUAA